AUGCUGGAAGCGCUUACACAAAUCCAAAUUGGAGGAAAGCAAUCGUUGCUCUGCCAUAAUUUCGUAUUCAGACAAACGAAACAAGCCGAAACAAAUCUAAAAUCAAGGAACCCCAAGAAGACACUCGACAGAGCCGGCUGGCUGAAGGAAGCAUCGAAGAAGGAAGGACCAACAUUUGAGAACUUUGAAGAAGGCGACAAUGAGCUGCAAUUCAAACGAAAGGGUAAGCACAAGGUUGGCUUGAUGAGUGUUAGUGUAAUUCAGACCAUGGAAUUGACAUCCGACGGGAAGGUCAAGAGCCUCACGGUUGUGAAGGCCUGA